AUGGAGGCGGCGGUAGAGUGUUCUCCCAGGCCAGCUGUGGCUCUGGGUGUUGGUGGCGGUGAGCGCAAGCCCCAAGAGGGGGGCCCCAUGGGGGCCAGGAAGGGCAGUAGACAUCCUGGGUGCCAGGACCGCUCCUGUGCUGGAGGCUUCUGGAGGCCUACGUGGCUGCACUCCGUUGGUGCCUCAUCUGUUCUGUCCUCUGAUCUCUGGGGCUGUGCCCUGGCGUGUGAACAAGCCAGUGAACAUGUUCCUCAAGAGGACAUGGUGGUGGAGCUGCCCCAGGACUGGGCUGAAGACGAGCCUCUGAGGACUGUGGACGAAUCCGGGGAAGCCUGUGAACACGCUCCCCAGGAGCACCUCGUGGUGGAACUGCCCCAGGCCUGGGCUGAGGAAUCGCCUCUCCGACCCCUGGAGGCAGCUGGAGCAGCCAAUGAACAUGAAUGUUUUCUGGAAAACAUUAGCAGCAGUGAUGCGGAAGAGAAUGCAGCCACUCCAGAUGAGUGCUGCCCUCAGACACCAAGAAACUGCAUGGCGCAUAUUGAGGAUUUGGAGGAGAGCAAGACUAUAGAGAGACCAAAAAGAUAUCUGGUCAUCUUUUUGAAGACUGCUUCAGAAGAAGUCAGCAGCGAUGAUGAGGAAGACCUGGAAGAGCAAGAGUGAACAUGGGACCUGGGGUGAAAGGCUCUGCUCUGAAUCCCUGAAGACCUGGACCUGGACAUCAUGCUGGACCCUAGAGGGGAUGGAGCCCCCACAGCACCCGGAGCCUCAUCUGGACCAGAUCAGGGGAGGCCUCAUUGCCUCUCUCCUGAGAGUCCUCAUUUAGUACAGCUUCAUUUGUUUUGCUGUGUUGAUGUAGUAUUAGUUUUAUCUACAGUUUUAUCUUUAUGUUCUGUAUAUAUCUAUUUGUUCCAUUUAUAUAUGUAAGUUUUUUCAUUAAAUGUUUUUAUCUAUUUACUU